AUGGUUGGUAACCUACGUCGGGGAUUCGGGGCGUAUCAGAAUGAUGGCAUUUUACUUUCGUUUCUGCAUCAUACCCGGGCUAUGAUGGGACCAGCGCUGCGACCAGCGCUGCGUUAUAAAUCGUUGCCGUUCCUGUUUUCACAGCCCUCUUCCUGUCCCGCUUCCAUGAGAUUAUAUCAGUCACGCACCGUUCAAUUUAAGCAUCCCAAUGGCGAAUACGUUCGCCCAGAGCUUGACAAAUGGUCCGCUCCUGGCACAACGGACAACUCACAGCGGAACGCUUCCCCCAAUCAGUUCACCGAUCUUCCUUCACAGUCUAACUCUGGAAAUAGCAGUGAGAAAGAGCGAGAUUGGGACCUGCUUUCUUCGGCUAUCGAUUCUUUGAAAUCCUCUUCGGAUCCCAAACUCGAUGUCUCGCUUACAGCUUCUCGUUUUUCGGAGGCGCGAGCUCAAGUAAAGCGAUCCUCGAUGUUUUCCUGUUCGGACGGCGAUGUAUUGGCCGGUAUGAUGCCACCUGCCCAGAAGAACGCGAGAGGGAAACCGGAGAUACGAAAAGCUAGGGUGGCAUUGGAAGACAGUCGCCGUUUUAAUCAGUCGGACCCAGUCGAUGAAACCCCUGACAGGGCUCGUAAGGCCUUUGCGCGUGACAGUGAUUAUGGGUCACAGAUCAAGAUGCGAAAUGCUAGGUCCGGCAAAUCUGUGCCUCUCGCGAGAAUGUCUGCUAGAAGACAAGCUAAGCUUAAAACUUGGCAAGAAACGACAGUGCCGGGUGACAGCGCCAAAGAGUCUCUCGGGGUACAAACAAUCGGAGAGACACCAUUAGAAAAGGAGAUCUAUAUUCCUUUUGAGAAAGCAAAUCGGAGACCGGAAGACAUUCCAGAAAAUUGGCAUGAGGUUGAGAUGCCAGAUCGCAAUACAGUUGGAGAACAAACUCUUCGAUAUCAAGGGAAAGUAUAUGGGUUUGCGGCUGGUGACAAGGAUGAACUAGUGUCUGGCAUAGGGGCAUUCGGGCCUGGUAAACUCGCUAAGGAACUGGGAAACCGGGCGAUCAAACAAAUCACUACAGAGCUGGACGCCUGUAUAUCAAGCGGCAGGGGCGACAUCGGAAUCUGGAGGGUUUGCGAAGAGCGCAUAUUCGCAAUGCUGAAACUUUUCUCUGUUGAAGAUGAAGUCAUAACUGCUACCAUGCCCCAUAAUGAGGCUAUAUCAAAACGAUCCAGCCGAUUGGAUAGGCGCCUAUCUCGAAAGUGUCACAUGAAAACCGAGAUGGCAUCAGAAACACCCAGCCUCAACGAUUCGCGAUUCAGCGAUCCUUUGGAUAUCCCUGUCGGUAUCCCGCGGAAGCCUUUUGUUUUGCACACUUUUCCCGCAACACUCCUCUAUGCUAUCCGACUACUUCACACUCAUUUUCCUAUGUCAGAAAUAACAAUACAGAUGCAUGCUGCUAUCAAAGCUCGUGGGCGCAUCGCCCGCCUGCUCGCGUCAGACACGGAGAUUUUUAAUGAAUUAAUAUCCUACCAUUGGCGCGUCCACAAUGACCUUCCGCUUGUGAAUAUUCUUUUGAAGGAGAUGGAAGAUAAUGGAGCUACAAUAUCUUCCCGGACAAUGGAACUGCUAAAUGAGAUAGCGGAUCAAAAUAAAAGGGAGCGGUUACUGAGCAGAACUUCGGAGAAGACUGCUCUUGGCAGUGGAGCUCCAUGGAUUUCCGACCUCACAUAUCGCGCGUACAAGGAGUUCAUCGGCAUCAGAGGCCAGUUCGAGGGCUUGUUCUCCAAAGUCAAGAAACUGCGCAGAUUUGAAGGUCAUAAAUCGAAAAUAACAGAAAAGAUGCAUAGGAAGUUACCAGUGGAUAUCAAGGGGUCGGCAAGUACGGAAUAUUCACAUCUCCAUAAACGCCGCGGGAACUUCAUGCCAUGUAUCGAUGACGAUGCAGAGUAG